AUGGACGAACAACUAGAGAUAGUAGCCCAUACCAUCAAGAAAGUACAAAAAUCUUGCUUAUCCAUUUCUCUAAUUCUGAGGAAUGCCUUGAAGAUCACCAUCAAUGCAAAUGGGAGGCUUGCAUUUUUUAUCACAUUCGUCAUGUUUUCCCUAUAUUCCCUGGUGGGAUUGGCUGAUCAUCUAGUAUUGCGACCUGUUUUAAGAGAUUUAGUAGCCAAUUUCCUACUUGUGCCCACAAAAGUCCGAAUCACUGAAGCUGAUCCGACCAUAUACAUAGCUAUUGUAAGAGAUGUUCGUUUUCUUCUCAAUUACAAAUUUGCAACAUUGUCUUUCUUGUGUGUUGUUUUCAUGUUUUCAGUAGCAGCUUCUGUACAUUCUACGUACGAAGCCUGUACUAAUAAUGAUGCAAAAGCAUUGAGCGUAAAAGAAAUGCUGUCCAGAGUCACGGGACUAGGAAGCUGGAAAAGGCCUCUGAAAACAAGCAUUUGGAUGAUUCUGAUCAGCUUGGCAAGCGCAAUCCUCUUACUAGUCAUGUUUGGAUUAAUUGGAGUCAUGACUGAAGGUCCUCUUUUCACUACCAUGUAUUGGAUACUGGUGGUUUUAGGUGUGGUGUGUUGUGUUCGUAUCUGUGCUCUCUGGAUGCUAAGCCUUGUGGUUUCUGUGAUGGAGGAAAACUUGUCUGGCCUGAAGGCUAUCCAUGUUGCCAAUUCUGAGCUCAGGAAAGUCAAAAAGUUGCAGGGAUUUGUUUUAAUGAUGCUUCUGGUGCUUGCUUCGGGUGCAAUGCAUCAGAAAUUUUCUUUCCUGGAAGCUUAUGCCAAUUUGGUUGGUUUGGCCAUUAGUGUUCCAAGAAUUUGGUCAUAUUGCCUGAUGAUACAUUUUUAUUUUGUGGUCUACACAUUAUUUUACCAUGAAUGCAGAAGGAGCUAUGCAAAGGUGGAGAAUGCAAGGCUAUAUGCUCCUACCAUUGCUGAUGCAGAAUUUUAG